AAUUGGUGCAAGUCAAAAUAACAAAGUACACGCCUCAAGUGGAUAUGGCCCAUUCGAAAAUCAAUUGUGACCUAUGUGUAAAAACUGUUAAGUCUGGUCCAGUUUGCUUUAACUGUCAAAAAGCGUACCAUUCGAAGUGUUUAGGGAUGAGUGCACUCGAAACUAGACAAUACAGCAGCAAAACCGAAGCAUUUUUGUUCUGCCAGGUGUGCAAAUCCAUUCCUGUCGUUAGUUGUGUAAUUUUCCUAAUGAAAAAGUGUGAAAAGUUGGCGGAAACAGUUGAGCAACUGGUGAACGCUCGCAACGCAGCUGUGAAAGUAAACAACGCUAUACUUGAAACUGAACGGACACCUACAAACUCCCCGUUUAGGCCGAGGAAGAGGGCCAGGCAUCCGAACCCCACCAUCACGUCUCAGUCUCCAACGGCCCCUAGCCUCAUGACUCCACUAAGUGAAAAAGUCGUUUACAACCCACUUGCUACUACGUCCUCCAAGGGUGUAAUAACUAGUAAUUCAGUUGACAUACUCGACACACAAAACUCCAGCAAGCCUACGGUAAAAAAUAACUGGACAUCCUACGCAGCGGUUGCUUCUAGGAAAACGCCGUCAAAGACACCUGUGACUCCACUUAUCGGAGAGGUCAAAACUGUGCCUCAACAUGGAUCGCUAUCGCCAGUGCGGUUCACAAAUCCACAAAAAGCAAAAGAACCUAGUGCUGUUAAGUCGCAAACCACAAGGCGGAAUCAUGGUGCCUUAAGUCUUGUGUGCACUAACGUUCCUGAAUCCAAAUCCAACACAAUAAAGGGCAAACUGAUAGACGAUCGUAGUCAGUGGGAUUCCAUCUGUAGUGCCAUCAGCAUGCGCGCUGAACCCACUACGCUGAGCCGCAUCGCAAGACACCCAAACAACUUACACUAUGGUGAACCUCGACUACUUCGAGUAACACUACAUUCCGCGGAAGAAACGGAAUCCAUUCUGCUCGCUGCAAAUCGACAUCACAGAGCAUCGAACGGAGUAUGUAUCUUACCGGAUAUUCCGUGGAAAGAACGUUCAAAGGAUAUGAACAAUCAACAGGGAAGUAGAAAACACGCGCUGAAAACCGUCAUUAUUCAUGGCGUCCCCGAGUCUCAAGCUUCACCUCCUGAAGAAGCUCAGGCACAUGACCUGGAGCAAUGGCGAUACAUUCGUGAGGCGUUGUCUUUAGAAAAUGUCAUUGCUACCUCCCUGACCAGGAUUCCCGUGUCACCAAAUUACAAAGGGUAUGGUCCUAGGUUGCUGAAGUUGGUCUUACCGUCUGAGCUAACUUUACAGACAGUUCUAGAGAACUGGGGUAAAUUCCGGAACAUGCUACCAACAGAAAUUCGAAUUAAAGCAGCAGGUUUACGACCAGAGGCUACUGGUUACUCCAUGGAGAGAACCAACUCAGUGGGAACAACCGUUGUUGCAGAGUCCACCACAGAGACUGAUCUGACUGCCGUCAUAGCAUCCGGCGAAGCACUGCAGGAGGUGAGUGACCAUCAGGAUCAUCAUGAACCUGAUCAUACGGUGCAGAGAGUUAUCCUAAGUCAUUCUCGCGAGCCUAAGACAAUUCCAAAAAACUAGUAGCAGCCGACCUCAAGAGGGUCGGCCAAGUCUCAAACCUGUUGUCUACAUCCACAAACAACCUUCUUACCUAUGAAUCACUCUCCUGUUUUUAUACCAACGCACAAGGUCUUUUAAGCAAACUGACGGAGCUUCGCCUACGUCAGACCUCGAUGUCAAGCGACCUCGUUAUGAUAACGGAGACCUGGUUGAAUGAAGCGAUCAGUGAUGCAGAAAUCGCACUACCUGGGAUGUCUAUUCUACGCAAUGAUCGACCAAGUAGAGGAGGUGGAGUAGUACUUUAUUAUCGCAGCGAACUACACAUUGAUCUCAUCGAUGACCCAGAGGUUCAGAUUGUCGAUGCGCUUUGGUGUCGUCUUCAACUUAGCCGUGGGGACGCAUGUUUGUUGGGUGUGGUGUAUCGCCCUCCGUCGGCUACUUUGGAAAUGGACAACCGCCUAGCCUCCACAAUGAAGACCAUUCUCUCGCAGUCGUACAGCCACAUUCUCCUGGUUGGCGACUUCAAUAUUCAUACCAUAGAAACCCCAGCCUGUAUCAACGAACACUUCAAAAUGGAAGUACAGGAGAUAAUCAGUGGGCUACCACUCUACAAUCACAUCACAUCUCCCACAAGAUUCAGGACGGGAAACAAACCGGGUGUCCUGGAUCUUGUAUUCACCAAUGAAGAGCUUAUGAUCGAAACGGUAUCGAUAGAGAGUCCUUUAGGCCGUAGCGACCAUGCAACCCUCAUGUUCAAGUACAUCUGUUAUGCAGAGUAUUCCUCAGAAAACACAGCGGAAUGUCAGCUCAUUACGGAUUACGGCGCUCUACUCAAACUUAUAAAUGCUACAAACUGGGCAUUUCUAGCAGAACGAUCCCCCGAUGACGCCUGGUCUGAAUUUGCUCACCAAUUCAACACGUUAGUAACUAGUGCUUCUAGGAAAAGACCUUCGCGAGCGAAGACAGUAAAAUCAUUCAUACGCAGCAGGACACGCAAGUGUAUCGUCACGAGGAAUUUACUCUGGCGAAGAUACAAGGAGUCAUCGAGUGCCGAAACAUGGGAAGCCUACACUAUCCAAAGGAAUCACUGCGUAAACCUGGUACGCGAAGAUAAAAUACAGCACCAACAGAAUCUAGCCGAGAAAUUCCUUUCAAACCCCAAGCUCCUGUACAGACACGUUAACAAGCUCCGCAAAGUGCAGCGAGGAAUUCCUGCUUUACACACAUUGUGUGGACUUGCACAAAACGCAACCGAGGCGGCCAACGCCCUAUGUCAACAAUUCACCCCGAACUUCCAGAGCACGACAUCGCCGCAUACACUGUUCCCAAUCGUUGUACCACCACCAGGACUUAGCCACAUCACGUUUACGACUGCGGAUGUUAUGAAAAGGCUAAUUGCCCUGCGCGAGCAUACCUCUCCCGGUGUUGAUAAUAUUCGUCCAAAAGCGUUGAAAAUGGCUGCAGUAAACCUGGCGGACCCCCUCUGCAAGUUCUUCCAACGAUGCCUAAAUGAGAUGCGCGUGCCAACAAUGUGGAAGCAAGGCAUCGUCACUCCCAUCCAUAAGGGAGGAAGUCGUACAGAUCCGGCCAACUAUCGCCCGAUAACACUACUUCCGGUGCUCUCCAAAAUCAUGGAAGCGAUUGUUGCCGAAGCGCUGAUGAACUUCUUGGAAGAACGCAAUAUCAUAGCACAAGAACAACAUGGGUUUCGCAAGAACCGAUCUUGCACUUCAAACUUGCUGCUUGCCAGAUCCAGUUGGACUGAGACCGUUGACAGCGGCGUAGGUGUUGACGCAGUAUAUCUGGACUUCUCAAAGGCUUUCGACCGUCUGAACCACCGUAUCCUCCUUCACAAGCUGCAGUGUUGUGGAAUUGGUGACCCAAUCCUCGGUUGGAUAGCUAACUUCUUGCUUCAACGACAUCUGAAUGUAAGAGUUCGCGGCGUCAUCUCUGACCCAAUCGACGUUAAGUGCGGAGUGCCCCAGGGCUCAGUACUUGGUCCACGACUAUUCCUGAUUUACAUAAAUGAUCUCGCGACAGUAAUCAACUCCAACUCCUUACUCUUCGCUGAUGAUCUCAAGAUAUGGCGAGCCAUUAGAACAGCCAGCGACAAUGCAGCACUUCAGGAUGAUCUGGACAGGGUCUACGAAUGGUCGACUCAGAACCUGCUUCAGUUCAACGCUACAAAGUGCAAGGUGUUGAGCAUACGCCAUAAAGCCACUUGCGAAUACAGACUGGGGGAUCAAAUAUUGCAGCGCACUACAACGGAAUGCGAUCUAGGAGUGGUAGUGCAGGAAGAUCUGGGCUGUUCCCGUCAGGCCGAGAAAGCCUCCAAAAAAGCUAACCAAAACCUUGGCCUUUUGCGGAGGGCAUUCGGGCGCUUCGAUCCUUCCAUCUUUUCUCAGAUGCUCAACGCCUACAUUCGGCCUUAUUCUGAGUACGCCAUCCACGCCUGGCAGCCAUGGCAAAAGCAAGACCUUACCGCUCUUGAACUGCCACAACGAAGGGCGACCAAGAACGUAAAGGGCCUGUUUCAUCUCCCUUACCGAUUGAGGCUGAAAACCCUCGGGGUCUACAGUGGACAAUAUCGACGCCUGCGUGGCGACUUGAUAAUGACUUACAUGAUCCUGAGGAAUCCAAACCAUUGUUGUCGUCACCUACUAAAGCUGAAUAGCAAUACAACACUCAGAGGACACCAGCUAAAGCUGGCCACACAAUACAGCCGGUUGGAAUGCCGCCGGAAUUUCUUUUCCCUUCGUGUAUGCGAACACUGGAACGCUCUUCCCACAUACGUUGUUUCUUCCCCACGCUAACGGUAUUCAAAAGACGUCUGGAUGAUUCGCUUAUCCACCUACAUUACGCUAUAUAAUCAGAGAUGUCCACGUCAAACAAACGCGAAAAAACGGUGCUCAUUCUCAGCUUUUGUGCUUUACUAUUUACACACUGCUGUUGUGGAAUAUAGUUUCGGAUAUAUCACAACUGCAUUCAUCAGUUUACCCCAGUCCAAGAAAGCGGCGCACGAGUAAGCGUUGGUCGUUUCUCUUGUUCUUAAGGCAUGCCUUACCCAUAUUACUUCCCAUAUUACUCUACAGUAACAAUUCAGUACACAUUCUACAAUGUUUCUAUGAAUAAGGGUCACUUGAAUUCACUAGACGCUUAGAUUGACGAUUUACACUUAUGUUUAUUACACUUCAACCAUCCUACGGGACUUGUAAAGCAAUCGUUUCUUUAACUGUAAUAUAUCAUUGUUCAUUGUAAUGACGCAACACUUGCGUUUGAAUUGUAAAAGGUAUUUUUACUCACUUGGAAUCUGUUCCCACUGGAAUGCAUUACCGCGAUAUGUUGUGAACGCACUAGACAUGACGACAUUCGAAAGACUCCUAGACUUUUAUGUUUGUGCUAAACGUUACACAACAGUUUGCGAAAGUGCAAUGCUUCAGCCAGUAAUAUUUCACCUUCCAGAUUGGAACAUUUUGAUUUUUCUCUUCUUUUGCCUAUCCAUCCUGUGGGUUUUGUAGAUUUAUGCUUUUUAUCCCAUCAUACGCCAUUGAACUAUUGAAUACUAUUAAACCUGAUCACUAAUGGACGAUAUAGAGUGAGAAAUGAGGAUUAUCUCAGCCGAGAGAAAACAGCAGCUUUGUCACAAACAACAGCGAAUCACAUUUGAUGGAAUAGGCGCGUUGAAGAAGCGUGCGCCCUGGCCAGAAAGACGAAGCAGGACUGAGGCGUCCAAACAUGACUCCAGGCAAGCACAGCUGAGUUAGGUGUAACCGUGCAGAACGUACGAUCCAUAGCACAGCGGAUCACGGUGGCAGAUGUGAUAAUGAAAAGUAAACAACAUGAAGUAGUAGCGAAAUAGAGCUUCCCCUCGAUAUACAGUAUAAACCAUGUAUAGCUUUAAGAAUACC